AUGUCUGAUUCCCAGAUUGAUCCUGAUCAGUUCACCCGCGCGGGGUCUAUCACCAAGGACUACUACCGCGAUGUCUAUCCCACCAUUGAUCCCACACGGUCAGAGCUCUCCCAGACGGGCAAAGUGACCAUUGUCACGGGAGCCGGAAAGGGAAUUGGACGAGCCAUUGCACGAGCUCACGCACAGUCUGGGGUCAAGGGGCUGGUCCUCAUUACCCAAUCUACUCAGUCAGCCAAAGAGACGAAAGCUAUUGUGGAAGCUGAAUUCCCCGCCGUCGACGUGCUGGCCUUGCCUACAGAUAUCACCGACGAAACGGCACUGGCACAGACUUUCGCGACUAUCAAGGAGAAGUUCGGAACCGCGGUACACACUCUGGUCAACAAUGCCGGCGUCUUUGCUUCGGUGGGGCCCGUGGCCGACUCCGACUCCACCACGUGGUGGAAGGACUUUGAGGCCGCGGAUUUUCAGCCCACCAUCGUGAACUUCAUCAGCACGAUUGCCCUGACGCCCCCGGGACUGAGCAGCUACUUCAUCAGUAAGCUUGGUGUGGCCAAAUUCACCGAGUUUAUUGCAGCGGAAAACCCCCGGGUGGCGGCCUACAGUCUCUCUCCGGGUAUCGUCCUCACGAGCAUGACGCUGGAUGGGUUUAAGCCAUUUGCCAAGGACACACCGGAGCUACCCAGCGCCGUGACCGUGUACCUGGCAGCGAAACGUCCACAAUACCUCAAUGGACGCCACCUCUCCGCCAAUUGGGAUUUGGCAGAGCUCGAAGCUCGACAAUCUGAGUUUUCCUCGUCGGAGAAGCUGACAGUUGGUCAAUUUAUCUGA